AAAACAUUUAAAAGCGGUUCGCUGGUCAUCGUCUUAAAGUAGGCAAAAUGACAGAAAACUGGGGUAUGGGGCACUUUAAAGCGCUGUGGUUUUAUUUAGCAGCUCGGGCUCUCGCUGAAGACGGUCCUAAAAAUGUUAAUGCUCGGGGGGGUUCGCAGUAUCAUCAGUAGUGGACCGAGUUUAACGCCAGUGGCUCCGUAGCAGUUCUGAGUCGCUAUGGCGCCUGCACUGUCCGGUGAAGCCGACUUCCAAUUCCCGUAGUGCCUGCAGGGUAUCUCGGGAAACCAGAACCAGACGGGACACCUUUUCAGUCAUCGUGAAACCGGAGAACGGGGCCUCCGAGCAGGAAUACAGCUAUUUAGCAAAGAGAAAGGGAGGGGGUUAAUAAAAGAAAAAAAUUGCGCUGGCUGGACUCUUUCACAGUGACCCCGAUUCAGAAAUCCCUUGUUGCGGUGCGCCCGAUCGAAGACAAUUGAAAGCAAUCAGGAUCCAGUUGCUGUCUGGCUGCACGGUGCAGCAGCACGAGUAAGCAGUGCAUUCAUUUAAACUAAAUAUAACCUGCCUGCUCGCUGCCCGCUCCUGCCUUAUGCAUUUGUUACAGUCGCCAUAACUGCAUUUUUAUGGGGGUAAACUGAGAGCUCCAGUGUGGCACAGUGGCCAUUUAUUUCUCACUGCCUAUGCAGGAGUGAAAUUCAAAUGAGGCUCUAUGGCUCUAUAUUUGCAUGCCAAGAUUAGGUUAUAUAUAGCUGGAAGUGCUUAAUCUUUGCUCACUGUCUCCCUCCAGCUGUGUAUAGGUGCUCUCUACCAGCCCCUCUCUGGAUGCAUCAGACUCCUCUUCCCCGGGGCCCUGGACCCGGUGUGUGACCCCGCCAUCCUCACCCCACUCCCCCCCUCGUCUCCCCUCUCGCUCUGCUGCCGACUCUCUUCCACCUGUCCAAUCCAGCGCUCCUUUUCUGGGCCCCCUGCCUCUCAAUCAGCAGGGAGAGGCAGGGGGCCAUGGCAUGGCCAUGGUAACCUUUGCAGGACACAACCCCCUUGCCAUGAGCAGCGUCACCUCUCCAGAGGGCAGGGUUCAGGGGUCGAACUUUACCCCGCAUCAUUUCAAGCCCUUCAGCUCGCAUGAACACUACCAGCAGGUGAUGCGUGCACUGCAUAAGCUUCAGCAGAGUGGCUUUUACUGGGGAGCUGUCGGAGGCCGGGAAGCCAGCUCCCUGCUACGCUCUCAACCCCCUGGCACUUUCCUGGUCCGUGACUCCUCAGACCACCACCACUUCUUCACACUCUCUGUCCAGACAACUAAGGGAACCAAGAAUCUGCGAAUCCACAGUGAGGGAGGAGGCUUCUUCCUACAGCCAGACCCCCAAAAUACCCAGGAGCUCCCGCAAUUUGACUGUGUGCUGAAACUCAUAGCGCACUACAUGGGGAAGGGGCAAGAUACUGAAGGGACCAAGGAACGGGCGAGUGGGGACAAUCCAGGACAGACAAAAACAAAGGCACACAAUGUUUAUCUGAUCCACACCGGUGGGGAGAAAAUCCCCCUGGAAUUGCGUCGACCCCUCUCGACUUGUCUCUCCAGCCUGCAGCACAUGUGCAGGAGGACGCUGAACAAUCAGGGCCUGGGGGCGUCUGAGCGGACUGAGCAGCUCCCGGACACACUUAGAGACUACCUGGAUGAGUAUGAUGCUCCUAUAUGACUGACAGGAACUGCGACAGGUUCUACUGCAUGGACCAAGUGCCAGGAUUACAGCACGGACCAGCUCUCGGUGAAUGCGAGAUUGUCUGUGUGGACAUAAACUGACCAGACUGAGCCUUAAGUGCUAACAUGAGGUCAGUUUUCCAGAAUCAGCUGAUCACUGAUCUACUCUGGGUCACCCGCUGACCUUCUGGGGAUGAGGAGUGUGAUUUGGGUAACCGACGAUUACCUCGUCCGUCCUGCCUUGCAAAAACACAAAAACAAAAACACUGACCACUCAAGGGAGUGGCAGAUGAAGCCUGAGGUCAAAGGUCAACGUUUCCUAUGACUGACUGAGACGCAGAGCAGUGCCUCGUAGAAGAUUAACCUGACUGGUCGAUAUUAACGAUGGCAGCGAAGGCAUGAUCAAUGCACCACCAGUGAUAUUUUGGUGGGUUUAAUGUGCUUCAAAAGAAAGCUGCUGCUGUCUGCGUGACAUUUACAACUGGACAGACAAACGGCAGUGGGUAGAGAGAGUGGAUGGAGUGGGGGGUGGGGGUUUCAGAGAAAAGGCAAAGUCCAAACGGGGGGGGCCCUGUACAGAGAACGCACAGGAUUUGUUUGUCUGAGUGUGAGCGUGAGUGUGUGUGUGAGUGUGUUUGUGUUGUGGUGGUGCACACAUUUCCAUUGCUGCUUCCCGCAAGUGUUGCCUCAUAGAGGGGGAGUGGGACGGUCAUGCACUCUAGCUCCACAUAUGCAAACACACACCCACACCCUCAAACACACGCACAGGUAUAGACCACAUGAAGGUUUUGUUAGCAUGGGAGUUUUGGGGGAUGGGGGGAGGUUAAAAAAAUAAUUACUAAGCAUUUUCUUCUCCUAUGUGUUCCUUGUUCCUGAUCCAUAACCAUUUGACUGCCCAGCCCCCCCUCCCCCUGCCUUUUUGUUUCAGAGAUGCAUGUAUGCUUUGACAGUGACAGAAAACAGGCCGCUCUUGCCGAGACAAAAGCUUUUUUUACCGGGACAAAAGACCUGGCAUGGGACCAAACAAAACAGCAGACCUUAUUUUUAUCCCGACUGGCUGGAAAAAUGUCAGCGACACUGUAAAGCUCCUUGGGGGAAUGAUGAUAAUGGUGAUGAUCCCAAAGAUGCGGAGAGGGCAAGGAUUUUAAAGCAGAGGGAGGAGUGGGAUUGGGAGAAGGAAACUGAAAAGGAGGGGUAUAUUUGCGGGAGAAAGGUGGGAGGAGACAUACUGGUAUACAGCUAAACAAAAACUCCGAUAAGAGGAAAUGAUAGAGCACAACAGGACGCCGCUCCUGUAAAUAUAACUGCCCCGUGUGAGGGAAAAAAAAGAUUUUAGCUGAGUCUUAUUUCUGUCUUAGAUUAUCAUCUCCGGCUCAUUUCUAUUUGUUAAAAUACCCCGGUGUGUUUGAAUAUCUGUCUGCCUUCUCCUGUAACUUCAGAAAGGAUUUGUAUUUUUUACUUUUUUGUCUACUUUUCCAUCAUAACCUCUGGAGGAGGAGAAGUGAACAGUUGGACUUGUCUGAAUGUUAAGGAUACACUACACUUUUCCCUCAACUGAUUCUUAAAAAAGAAGCCUUUUGUAAACCAGAAUUCAAAACUUAGAUUUGAUCAAAAAAAGAAAAAAAAAGGAAGUGCUUUUGCUGUUUUACCCGUACCUGUGAUCCAUAUUGGAGUGGCAGCCUUUUAUGUUUUUGUCUGUUUGAGCUCACAUGGCCACUCGAGGCGAGGGCGGCACACUUUUUUUUGGUCAAAUCUGGGUCACAUCAACACCAACUCUUUUUCUUUUUUUCUUUUUUUUUUACAUGUGUUGCACCGGUGGACCACGUGUAUGUGAAUCAUAUUGUCUUUUAUAAAGACUCUCUCGCAACAGGCUGGCCACUAGUCUGGCAAUACAAGCUGUAAUACCUGAAAUGACAAAGCAUUACAGAAAUAAAUGAAAAGGAACGUUGCACAUAUUUAUAUUUCUAAAAUAUUUCAAUAAUUUAUAUUAAAAAGCACUAUUUUUACAAAAGUCAAUGCAUUUGCCUUGUGUCUUAAUUUACUGUUUUGUUUUGUUUUUCUUCUUUUGAACUUCCACUAAUUCAAUAUUGACUGCACACACUUUUAACUUACUCUAAUAAAUUGUAAAAUGGUUUGUAUUCCAGCAAUUCCUGGCCUCGCAGCAAGACUAUUUACUUACAAUUGGGAUUUCCUAGUUAAACAAAGCAGUGUUUAUUCAGUCGGCACACUUUGAAAAAGUGCAGCAGCAGCACGAGGAGGACACACAUUCAUCGCCGGGUUAAAAUUGCUCCGAUCC